AAAAUUUCUCAAUCAUAGAAACAACCUAGCCCUAGCAUGCAUUAUCUCAUGGCUAUCACCAAAAGGACCAUCAUCUUGAUUAUCUGUGUGCUCAUCUCUCUUGCCUCUGAUUCCUUGGCUCAAAACUGCUCAAACUACACAUUUCCAAGCAACCAAGUCUUCAGUUCCUGCAGUGAUCUUCCGGUACUGGAUGCCCAUUUACACUGGAACUACAUUCCAUCCACCAAGCGCAUUCAGAUUGCAUACAGAGCUGCCCAGAAUUCUACAGGAUGGAUUGCGUGGGCUAUCAAUCCAACUGGAUUGACUAUGGUUGGAUCUCAGGCUCUUGUAGCUUUUCGUAACUCUAAUGGCAGUAUGACUGCUUAUACAACACAAGUAACCAGUUAUAACCCUUCAAUGCAACCGCAAGCCCUAAGCUUUCCAGUUUCCAAUAUCUCUGCAACAUACACCAAUAAUGAGAUGACUAUCUUUGCUGUGGUGGGACCCUUCGGUAAUGGAACAACUUUCAAUCACGUUUGGCAGGCAGGAAAUUCAAUUUCAGAUGACAUCCCUCAGAGUCAUCCAAUGGCAGGGCCAAAUACACAGUCAAUAGGAAAACUCAGUUUUCUGUGAGGAACGGAAGAGAUACUAGCACAGGAACCUAUAAAUGCUUGAUCUGAAGUUUACCAACCAAAUAUCACAACACUACUAGCUUUCAAAUUAAAUCAGCACUUCAGUCAUUACUGAUUAUUGUCAACAAUGUCAUUGUAUGUCCAUUGCUCUUGCAAAACCAACAAAUUUAAGGCAGCUAAUAACUUUCACAUUCAUUGAAAUAAAUGUUAGUUACUAUGAUACAGUUCCAGAAGCUCCGAAAGUUAGCAAGCUACUAAAUCUUCUUGGGAAAAUAUGAAGAAAA